GGCCCCGAAGCUCAAUCCUCCGGCAAACAGAAGGCCAUCAACAAACCAGAUCACCCAACCGGCUCUUCUUCGGGACGAGGGUCAGUUUGCCUCUUCUCCAUACGUGGCUUUUCGCUGAUCGGAACCACGUCAUCUCAAAGGCGAUUAGACCAUGUGUGUCGGAGGGCCGCACUCACCCGGCGUCAAACCCAGACAAAGUCCUCUAGCGAUCGUGUCGCAUAG